AUGGCUGUCGCGAUUUCCUUGACGCUUUUGUCGCAUUUUGAACAUACACGUUCACUUUCUCCCUCGUUUAUAAUCGGCUCGUACUUGUGCAUCACUUUCCUACUCAAAGCUGUAACUACGCGGACUUAUCGGCUCCUUGCCAAUACUGACACAGGCUACAUACACGUUGCCGAGGCGAGUUCAGUUGCACUCCUCUUCCAAAUUAUCAUCAUCGUUCUUGAAAGCUGGAGUAAGGAACAGUAUCUUUUUGAAAAUACAAAAAUUGCGGCCGAAGAGUUGGCUAGCUUUGUGGACCGCUCGCUAUUCGUUUGGCUUGACAAGCUACUCCUUUACGGAUACAAACAAAGGCUCACAUUGCUUGAUCUACAACCGAUUGAUCAGACUCUAGGUACAUCCCGCCUAGCGAAUAACUUUCAUGAAACCCAGAAGCGUCCAAAGCUCAGGCGCUUUGGUCUUCUAGGCAUAACUUUGCGAUGCUCGGGCUCAUCCAUAUUCUUUCCUGUGCUACCACGACUUUGUCUCACUGCACAACCAUUCUUGGCCACAUCGUUGAUUGUAUAUUUUGAAAAUCAAGGAUCCACAACUUUGAAUACGGGGUAUGGAUUGAUUGGAGCCUCCUUCCUUACCUAUACUGGAAUUGCGAUAUCUACUGGAUGGUAUUGGCAUAUGUCAUACAAAUAUGCCACAAAACUACGUGGUGGUUUGAUUGCAAAGAUCUCUGACAAAUUGCUGAGGCUCAGACAUGAGACAGGCCUUGAGUCAAAAGUUUUCACUCUUGUAAUAGCAGAUGUUGACAAAAUAAUCAGUGCUUCCGCAUAUAUACAUGGAAUAUGGGCAGUGGUUAUAGAAACUGGUUUAGCAACAUGGCUGCUCUGGAGACAGAUUGGACCUUCAAGCCUGACUGUCCUGGCAGUCGCGUUGAUUUGUGCCAUGGGAUCAACAUUUCUCGGAAAACACAUUGGCAAGGCACAGCAAACUUGGCUCACAGGCAUAGAGAAGAGAAUUGCGGCAACAAAGAAAAUGCUGUCUUCGCUCAAGGCAGUUAAAAUGAUGGGUGCUAGCCAGCGUGUACGAAUGGCCAUCGAGAGAUUCCGGGAUCUCGAAUUCGUGGCCUCCAAGUCCUUUCGUACACUUUUGAUCGGAAGUUUAAUCUCAUUCGAUGGGACCAAGCACGGUAAGGGUGACAGCAAGACUGAGUUUUCAGAUGGGAAAGAAGUAUCAAACCAAGAGAAGGAAGAAUACCCGUUAAAUUCAAAAGAUCUUUCGAUAUUAUCCAUGCGGCACGCAAGCUUCGGCUGGGGCAAUGAAACAAGUUUGCACGAUAUAAAUUUUGAAAUUGCUGCAAGUCAACACGUCGCCGUUACUGGUCCUGUCGGCUGCGGUAAGUCGCUCUUGUUGCAGGCGAUACUUGGUGAAGUCGAACUUAAGGCUGGAACUAUACAUGCUGGGGACAUAGCUAUCGGGUAUUGCAGCCAAAAUCCGUGGCUGGAAAAUGUUUCCGCACACGAAAAUGCUUUCAGGAGCGCACCUAGCGACAAAUCAUGGGAGAACUUGGUUGCUGAUAGUUGUAAUCUCGGUGACUUAUUGAGUACGGAAAGUUCGCAUCAGACUAUUGGAAGUGGUGGAGCUAAGAUAAGUGGUGGUGAACGCCAGCGACUAGCUUUAGCACGUGCGAUUGCAACUCGACCUGCAAUCUUACUACUAGAUGAAGUUUUCAGUGCUAUAAAUAAAACUACAAAAACUUUCAUGCAAGAAAAGUUGUUUGGAAGGAAAGGCAUCUUGCGCGAGCAAGGAACUACAGUCAUUUGUGUUACUCAGGGUCAACAAUUCAUAGAAGCUGCGGAUGUGGUUCUUCAAAUAGACGAUGCGGGAAACCUCCAACAAGUGCAGCCCGUGGCUGAUACAACACAUGCCACUCUGGUAGACAAAUUUGAUGGGAAAACAAUUAGUGCUACAGAGUCCAGCCCUGGUCCUCAAUCCAGAUCAAAAGUUGCCCAUGCCGACCCGACUAAAAUCGCAGAUAAAAGGGUCUACCAAGUGUAUCUCCUUUCCAUCGGACGUUCAAACAUAAUCAUCUUCUUCAUUGGUGCCAUCAUAUUUGCCUUCACUUUUAGGUUCCCAAAUAUAUGGGCAAAGUGGUGGUCUGAUGCAAGUACUGGUGUUGGGUUACAUGGUAAACUACUCCGAUCUGUUCUCAAUGCACCUUUUAUCUUCAUUAGCACCAUCGAUUCCGGAUGCCUCAUGAACAGGUUCAACCAAGACCUUUUACUAGUUGAUACCCAACUUCCAUUUCAGCUUCUGAAUACUAUUUAUGGGUUGUUUGCCGCAAUUCUCCAGGCGAUCUUGAUUACCGUUUCUGCUGUUUAUAUCGUUGCUAUCCUUCCUGUUCUGGUAGCCGUGCUUUUUUUGGUCCAAAAUUUCUACUUACGAACAUCGAAACAACUGCGACAACUUGAUUUAGAGGCCCAUGGCUGGCAGAACAUCAUGCAAAGAGAGUUUUACGAGAAGCUGGACAGAUCACAAGAGCCAAUAUAUCUUCUCUACAUGGUACAAACUUGGCUUCAGUUGACACUGAAUUUAGUAGUUGCCGGACUUGCAGUACUAAUGGUUGGCGUGGCUGUUGGCUUGCGCCACAAGACAAGUGCCGGAGGAAUUGGAGUGGCAUUUUUGAAUCUGACGUCUCUUGGGGCCAUCGCCAGAAUUGAAGCCUUUGAGCAAGAAACACCUGUAGAGCAAGAAGUUGCAUCGCCAACUGAUGUACCCAUUACGUGGCCAACCUCGGGCCAGUUGAGCUUUGAAAACGUUUGGACAAGCUAUAACCUCGAUUUAGAAAAGCCUUCAUGGAGUUUGCGAGCAAUAACGUUCAAGAUCAACCCUGGUGAGAAGAUUGCGAUUUGUGGUCGUAGUGGUUCUGGAAAGUCGACUUUGUUGCUAUCUGUCUUGGCCCUGAUUGAAACAACAAAAGGUGCCAUAUAUCUUGACGGUAUCGAUAUCUCAAAAGUCCAGCGAUAUGUCUUGCGAUCCAAACUCCAUGUUACCUCACAAGACGCGUUUACAGAUGGAGAAAUCAUUCGCGAUGUACUAGAUCCAGCUGGAAAAUUGUCUGAUGAGGCCAUCAACAAUGCCCUGCAUGAUUGUGCUUUACUAGACAAGAUCAAUGCAUCGGGGUCUCUCUCUGCCAAUAUAUGUGACGUCAGUCUAUCGGUUGGCGAAACCCAACUUUUUGUCUUAGCUCGGACUGUUCUUGGAAUUGAGGACUCAAAUAAAGGGGGCGUCGUGCUACUUGACGAAGCCACUAGCAGCAUCGAUGUCGCCACUGAGCGAAAAAUUAUGAAUGUUGUCGCCAAAAGACUGCAAGGAAAGACUGUAAUCUCAGUUUUACAUCGUCUCGAGGCCGCGGUUGAGUUUGACAAAAUCUUGGUUUUGGAGAAGGGCGAAGUGGCACAUUUUGGGCCCCCAGAAGAGGUCAUCAGAGAUUCCGAUUUAUUUUCUUCUUUCAGAAACUGA